AUGGUCGAGUUCGUGGUUCUACGGGACUCCACUACCUACAACAUCAUCCUGGGGAGGAAAAUGAUUAACGAUGUUGAGGCGGUAAUCAACACGAAGCUGCUGGUUAUGAAGUUCGUUGCUGAUGACGGAUCUGUAGGAUCCAUAAGAGGAGAUCUGGAAACGGCAGUCGCUUGCGACAACGCCAGCCUCUCCUUGAGGAAGAAGUCUAAAGAAGCGUCUGGAGUGUUUCUUGCUGACUUAGACGCCAGAGUUGACGAUAAGCCAAGACCAGAACCAGAGGGGGACUUAGAAAAGUUCAGGGUCGGUGACACGGAGGAAAAGUUCACUCAUAUGACAUCACUUGGCCGUCAAGCCGGACACCCGUCCAGUGGCCCAAAGGAGAAGGAAGAUGUCCCAGGAGAGAGCAGAGGAGGUGGCCAGGUAGACGGCCAGCCUCCUAGAAGCAGGUUUUAUACGAGAACUAGACUACUCGACCUGGCUGUCAAAUGUAGUUCUGGUAAAGAAGCACAGUGGCAAAUGGAGAAUGUGCGUGGACUAUUCCGACCUCAACAAAGCAUGCCCCAAGGACUGUUUUCCCUUCCCAACAUAGAUGCGCUCGUCGAUGCGGCGGUGGGGUACCGGUAUCUGAGCUUCAUGGACGCCUAUUCCGGCUACAAUCAAAUACCGAUGCACCAACCCGACGAGGACAAAACAGCAUUCAUAACACCCGGGGGAACCUAUUGCUACAAGGUGAUGCCAUUCGGCCUGAAAAAUGCAAGGGCAACAUAUCAAAGGCUGAUGAACAAAAUAUUUGGCAGCCUUAUAGGCAAGACAGUAGAAGUCUACGUGGACAACAACCUCGCAAAGACUACACAGCCUGACGACCUCCUGAGCUACUGGUGGACGAAAUUGUGA